GGUACCGUACAGUACUAGUGAAUACUAGUAAAUAAACCACACGUGAUUUAGCUACGGUGAAACAUGAUCUCACUAUAACAAAUUACUAUUUCACUGCUUCCUCAUACUUUUACUUUUUGGUUCCGAUACAAAUUGAAAUCGAUCAAGCUUCAAAUAAAUUCAAGAGAAAUCAACUCAAAAUCAAUUAGACUUCAAUACGACUGAAAUUCAAAUCAACAAAACCACAACAAAAGAUGUCCGACGCCAACGCACCUACCAACGUGUCCGUUAGAGAUCUCGACUAUUCUGGACUCAGGAAAGCCAUUGAUACAAGACUCAACAAAUAUUUCGAGAAAUUUGACGCACCAGAAUCUCACGAAAAACCCAGGGCCAUUCAUCGUAACGACUUUUACAAAUUCACAAUCCGUGCAGAAGAGCCAAAUGUAGAAUUUGUCAAGUUCGUGCCAAAAUUAAUGUGGUGCAGCAAACAGGGAGUCUACAAACAUGUUUCUCGUGAACGGGCUUAUGAACUUCGCAUUGUUCUUGAUGAGUUCUGUGAGGAAUGGUGUAGUCAAUGGUUGACCGGUGAUGCUGGAAUAUUCUUUGUGCAGAUUCGUACGAAUCUUCGCAGAGUUCCUCAGACUUCCGGAAGUAUGGAACGUAGAAUGUUUCCAAGAUCUCUCACUGAAGCAGAAUUGGGAGCAAAGCUCACCGACACUCUUGCGAAUGGGAGUGAAGAUCGUCUUCGAGAUAUUAUGACCGAAAUUGUCAAGGACGAAGGCUGCGGAUUUUGUAUUUACAAUGAAAACUAUGAAGAAGCAGUUUUUUUGAUCAACAUUGAUCCUUCAAAGCUAUCCCAUAAUAAUCCGCGAAAGAUGAUCACGGCAUACACCUUUAUGGAUGCGGAGGAGAUUCGAAAGUUCCUUUGGGUUUUGGGCUAUGUAUACUGUAUCGACCAAGAUACUCGUGGAGCCAAAAUUCGUUGCGACCUCCAUUUGGUCGGUCAGACAGUGGUCACGCGAGUCAAGGAAUGGGAACAGGGUGACUCGGAUUAUGAUGACUUUGGAGAUGAGAACGAAGAUGAAUCACUAUUUGAAGAGGUACUCAAUUCCAAAACAGAUGGUGAUACCCCCUGGACUCGAAGGGUCUGGUUCGCAUUCGAACAAAUGAAAGCUUCACAACUUCGAAGAGUUAUGCACACGAUAUGCGGAGGACUCUACAAGCUGAAGUUGCCCGCAGAGGAGGACUAUUUCAAAGAUAGGGAGGAUCUGGGUUCGCAGCGUAUACUCGGAACAGUGUUUAUAAGAGGCAUUGAUGUCGUUCUGACGCAGGAAACCGAAACUUGCGACAUGCUGGAGGCAAUGGAUGCCGGUGAACUUGCAAGAGCCCUCAGACAUUUGUGUAAUGCCAGAAUUUUCUUAGGAACAUUUAACGGAAAGCGGAUUACUAUAGAUGGGAGAACAAUUACUCUCACUGUCUGUGAAACACCCAAGACGCAAGCUGAGAGCCCGAAUAAGAGCGAAGAACAGGAUCCAGCAAAUAAAAAUCCAGAAAAAGGGAAAAAUGGUCAUACUGCAAUUGAAAUUGAAGCACCCGACGAAGAAUUAUAUGAUCCUGAAUCCCCCACUCCUAGAAAGAGGCCAAGACUGUGGGUCGAGACGAAUCAACUACUCAUAUAGAUAUUGUGGUAGUAUACUUAUUAAAACGACUGCCGAUAAGAUGAUAAAAUCGAGAUCAAAAUUUUGGCAGCCAGUAUAAUUCUUGAAUAUUGGGGGAAAGUGUAGGCUACAUGAGCAGCCGGCCAAUGAUGUUGAUUAGAAAAGUGCAAAAUUAAAAAGUUUAUCA